AUGACUACUCGUUUUUUUUAUGAAGAAGGUCAAGGAAGAAUGGUCGAUGAGCAAGGAAAUGAUGCAAUGGACUGGGUUGAAGAAGCUACCCGUUUCCAUAUAAAAACUUUGACUCGUAUAAGAGAGUAUUGUGAAAAGCAAGAUGAACAGCUAUUCUCUAAAGAGAACCUAGAAAAUCUCAACACUGAUAUGGAGGAUAUUAUAGUCACGGUUAAGAAGCAAUACUCUAAUGAGCAAAAGCUUCUAUUUGUAUAUUAUAGUAGAAUCCAGUUAUUCAACGCAGCUAAAUCCGGGUGCUUAUCAGACAGCAUAAACGAGCGAACAGCACAAAAA